AACUUAUAAAUAUUUUGGGGCCCUAAAUUGAAUUUGCUAUGGGGCCCAGUAACAACUAGUUACACACUGGCCCUAGUCUACAGGUGCCUGAGGUUGAAGUGGCAGUGAUAUUGCUGAUCAGAAGGGAAGGGCCACACGUUAUCCCGGGCUCUCAGCAGCAAUUGAAUUCCUCCCUAGGCUGCUGCUGCUGCUGCUCCACCUCCCGCACUGAGCUUUCUAGGGUGAGAGCUGUGCUGAUGAAGGCAAGAGUGGGCGGAGUUAUCCAAGCUGAAGAAGGAUGGACAUUCCCUUAGAGAAGGCAGGGGAGGGAGGAAGACUGGGCACACACGGCCUGUGUAAGGGCAGGGAACAAGGCACAGAGACCUGGGGAACGUGUUUUCACUUGGCCGCUGGUUAUGAAUGAGAUCUCCCCCGUGUGCGUGCCACCGGAGCUCUCCAUCGCUCACCUCGUAUCGCAGCAGCGCAGCAUCUCCUAUGCUCAGAUAAUCCCGCACGGCUGCUCUCCUCCAGCACCGGGGACUUUGUGAAGGAAGCAGCCGCCAGUCUCCCGGAGCAGAUAGAUCAGCUCACCAUGGUCUGGCUCCCCUCAGGCACUGGCAGCCCGUUACAUUUGUGCCGCUCUGUGGGGCUUGUUGUGCUCACCUUGCUGGGGAUCAUUGUAUGUUGCGUGUGCGCAGGGGAGCAGCAAUUCAGCGCAGAGAUGUGGCUUCAAAAAUAUGGCUACCUUCCACCAACUGACCCCAGAAUGUCAGUCCUGCGAUCUUCAGAAACCAUGCAAUCCGCUAUAGCUGCCAUGCAGCAAUUUUAUGGGAUCAAUGUUACGGGAAAGAUCGACAAAAACACAAUUGAUUGGAUGAAAAAACCACGGUGUGGAGUUCGUGAUCAAGCAGGACCUAUUUCCAGAUUUAAUGUCCGACGAAAACGAUAUGCCUUAACGGGACAGAAGUGGCAUCACAAACAUAUCACCUACAGUAUAAAGAACGUUACUCCAAAAGUGGGAGAUUUGGAAACCCGUAAAGCCAUUCGACGUGCCUUUGAUGUCUGGCAGAAUGUAACUCCGCUGACAUUUGAAGAAGUUCCAUACUGUGAAUUAGAAAAUGGCAAACGGGACGUAGACAUCACUAUUAUUUUUGCAUCAGGUUUUCACGGAGACAGUUCUCCUUUUGAUGGAGAGGGGGGAUUUCUGGCACAUGCUUACUUUCCAGGACCUGGCAUUGGGGGAGACACACAUUUUGACUCUGAUGAACCGUGGACUUUAGGGAAUCCUAAUCACGAUGGAAAUGACCUAUUUCUAGUUGCAGUACAUGAAUUGGGUCACGCAUUAGGCCUAGAACAUUCCAAUGACCCCACUGCGAUAAUGGCUCCCUUUUAUCAGUACAUGGAAACAGACAACUUCAAGCUACCUACUGAUGACUUACAAGGAAUUCAGAAAAUUUAUGGUCCACCAGAAAAGGCCCCAGCACCAACUAAACCCCUUCCUACCGUGCCACCACACCGUUCUGUUCCUCCAGUAGACCCUCGCAAGAAUGACAGACAACCUAAACCACCCCGGCCGCCUACUGGAGACAAGCCAUCUUACCCUGGAGCCAAACCCAACAUCUGCGAUGGGAAUUUUAAUACGCUUGCAAUCCUACGCCGAGAGAUGUUUGUUUUUAAGGAUCAAUGGUUCUGGCGUGUAAGAAACAACAAGGUUAUGGAUGGCUACCCCAUGCAGAUUACCUACUUCUGGAGGGGACUGCCUCCUGGCAUUGAUGCAGUUUAUGAGAACGGCGAGGGAAAUUUUGUCUUUUUUAAAGGUAAUAAAUACUGGGUGUUUAAAGAUACAACACUUCAGCCUGGCUACCCUUAUGAUUUGAUGCAAUUAGGACACGGCAUUCCACCUCAUGGUAUUGAUACGGCUGUUUGGUGGGAAGAUGUUGGGAAAACCUACUUCUUCAAAGGUGACCGGUAUUGGCGAUACAAUGAGGAAAUGAGAGCAAUGGAUCCUGGCUAUCCAAAGUUAAUCACAGUAUGGAAAGGAAUUCCAGAGUCACCACAAGGAGCCUUUGUUGACAAAGAAAAUGGCUAUACAUAUUUUUAUAAAGGAAAAGAAUACUGGAAAUUCCAGAAUCUCAAUCUCCGGGUAGAGCCUGGGUACCCGAGAUCGAUCCUUAAGGAUUUCAUGGGAUGUGAUAGUUCCACUGAUGGAGACAAAGAAAGAACCAGCCCGCAAGAUGAUGUAGACAUUGUCAUCAAGCUGGACAACACAGCCAGCACUGUGAAAGCCAUAGCCAUUGUAAUCCCAUGUAUACUGGCCUUGUGCCUUCUUGUAUUGGUUUACACUGUGUUUCAGUUCAAAAGAAAAGGAACACCCCGCCACAUACUUUACUGUAAACGGUCUAUGCAAGAGUGGGUGUGAUGUAGGGUUUCUCUCAUAGAAAUUACUUGAGGUUCAACAUGAGAGCUAUUACGCUGUUCCCUAGCUAGAAGCAGGCAUCUGUGAUCCAGGCUCAUAGUCGAUCUUAAAAACCACAAGCGGUUUGGUGUCCUGCACUUGAGUGGGGAUUCAAUCAUCUGGGAAGCUUCCAUGAAAUACGGUUUCUGCUGUUCCUCCAGUCCUUUGUAUUUCUUUAUCAUUCACUUUUAGGCCUUUCCCUCUGCACAUUGAAUGCUCAGUUUACUCUCGGAAGUAAACGCGAAGAGGAGAACAGAUCAAAAAACGAUAAUAAAGUUUUAUUUUCGUUCCGGG